AUGAAGGGAGUGGCAAUUUUACUGCGUACCUCAUGCCCCCUGGAGGACAUCACAGCACUAAAGGAUCCCUUGGGCAGAUUCCUCUUUCUGACGGCAUACGUGGGAACAACAGUAUUGUCAAUCUGCUCGCUAUAUGCCCCAUCAGCCCCAGACGCCACCUUCUGGGAAAACUUCCGAACCCACCUCGCAGGCCUCACCACCAAACACGUAAUCAUAGGUGGCGACUGCAACGCAACACAAUCCGCCAUCGCAGACCGAAGAGUGCACAACGGUGGCACUCCGGCCACAACAUGUAACGACAAACUAUUCACCACAUUCUUAAACGACACAUCCUUCAUAGAC